CACAAAAACGAUUAGCAUUUAUUUGCGCUCUUGCAAACCGCGAUAAAGCUGUGCUAACUGUGCUCCAAGUCUUUGCGCCUGCACCUGAUUUCAUUCCUUGCUGCUUACAAGAAGUUGUUCUUAAACAAAGUUAAUAGAUCGGCUUUUGCAGCUGGUUGUCAAGGUAUCCAAAAUGGUCUCGAUUGGUUGCUUUUCCUUUUCGGCCCUCGCCAUAAUCAACUUGACAAGUUGGCUCCUGCGAUGGUACGCCCUGUUACGCGCUUUGGUAAACGGCCAGGCCGAGUCUUGCCUUUUUGCUUCCGCCACUGGACCACGGUAUUCAUCCCAGGUUUGCCGAACAGACAGAUGUCCACGCCCAUUAUCGCUCUGUAUCAAGUAUCCUUUGUUACUGUCAUCAGUCUUUGAGGAUGUCCGAUGAGGAAUGUACUGAUGCUGUAGCUGAAGUUCAUGAUGGUGUUGCGGCUGUUGUAGCGAGUACAGCGGGUGCUGCGGGUACAGUGGGUACUGCUGUCGCUGCUGCUGUUGCUGCUGCUGUUGCUGCAACUGGGCAGAAGUGCCGUUGCCCACAGGAAUGAAUGUUAAGGGG